UUCAUUGCUGCCAAAAUGCUAAAAAUAAUUGUCAUAAUAAUGUUUAAGGGAAGUAUAUCUGCUAAAAUUUCAUCUGAAUCUGAAAAGCAUGCACAGCCAAGCACCUGCAGCAUGAUUUGCUUUCUUGCAUUAUGACACCUGCUUACCAGCAAAGGUUGCAUCUGCAUUAGCAUUUUCAUUUGUAUUGUGUCUAUUUUCCAAAUGAAUCUAGUGAUCUUCUCUAUACCCUGUGUUUUGGUCCACGACUGUGUGUGUGAAUUUAACAUGUGUUAGGAGUGUUCAAUAAUGAGCUAUAGAGUACUUGCACUCCAUUUCUUCCAAAUAAAGUAAAAAUAGAAGAUGCAAUCUGCAUGUCAGCAGGCAUUCAGUCUGCAGGACCAAACUGGAAUCAGUCCACUAUAGAAACCUGAAGCAGGUACAGUGUACAGCUCAAUUCUGUGCAUCCUCUUCUACUGCUUUGCUUUUUUUUGCUAAUAUAAAUAUAGCUAUGAUUCUCAUGGAAUCUUUUAAAAAUCAAGUUUUACAGUUUUCUCAAAGUGAGAGAGCACUAAAAGAGUCAGAGCUUAAAAAAAAUAUUCCCACGACUUAUAUUGCAAUUUAAAAAGAGGGAAAAGACAUAUGAGACUUUAUUGUGCCCCCAUUGCUAUUAUAUGAUAAUUAUUUGCUAUUGGAAAGAUUGCUAUACCUGCUUGGGUACAAGAUCCAGCUGCAUAUAAGAAGUUGAGACAGACUAUGUUGUAAACCUCUAACACUGAAAAUAAGUGAGGCAACAUCACCAGCAGACUUUCAAGAGGUAGCAGUGAUCAGAGGCACUCGGUUGGGUGGCCGGGUUUACCUAAGUGUUGAGCAGCAACGAUAUGCAGCAGAUAGCUGCAGAGGGACUGAAAAACGGAGCUUUCCCUUUCAUGCCCCGAAGGUGUAUGCUCAGUGCUUUCGUUGAAGGUAGCAAUGAUCAGUUCAAUAGGUACAAACAGUUGGGCAGCAGCUAAAUACAUCUGCCAGUUUCCAACUUUUAGUCCAUACUGCAAAAAUGGAGUAUGGAUUUUUCCAGUUUCUCUUUCCCUGCUUCAAUUAUACUCUUUAAAAAAUCUGGUUUUAUUGCUGCCUGUACAAAAAAAGCUUCAAAGUAUAACCUCUAAUUUAAUAUAUGGAAAUAAUAAGCAGAUAUCCUGCUGCAAGUAAAAGCUUCAUUCUUCAUCAGUUGUGUUGUAAUUUAUUCUGAAACCAACUGAAGACAGCAGAAGCAAGAAAACUGGCACUGCAGGCUACAGCAUUAUACUAAAUUCGUCUUUUAUUUUCAGAAUUAAAUAAUACAGGUAGAAGAAGAACAAAGGGAGAAGUUAACUAACAACAUGAAGUUACUCAUCUUCCUCACAGUAACGUUGGGUGCCCUUGUCACGGGACUAGAGUCUAUUUAUAGCUGGAAAUACUACAAGCAAUAUAAACGCAGAUCAGAACACAAGGAAUGCCCUUGUUUGAAUGGAGGAACGUGCAUUACCUAUUACCUCUUUAGUGGAAUUGGUCGUUGCGUAUGUCCAGAUGGAUACACUGGGCUUCACUGUGAGCUAGACACUGACAGCACAUGCUAUACUGAAAAUGGGGAGAACUACAGAGGGAUGGCAACAGAAGACAAAUGUCUGCCAUGGAACUUGCCCUCACUAAUCAGGAGGGGUCGUUACCACGCUUACUCAGAGAAUGCUUUGCAGCUUGGGCUGGGCAAACACAGCUACUGCAGAAACCCAAAUGGAAGGAGCAGACCCUGGUGUUACACCAAAAGGGGAUCUGCCAUUCAAGAAACACCUUGCAACAUAGAGAAGUGUGGGCCUACAUGUGGUCAAAGGAGCAUCAGCAAGAUGUUCAAGAUUGUUGGUGGAAAGCAGGCAGAGGUUGAGUCUCAGCCUUGGAUAGCAGGCAUCUUCCAAACCAUAAGGGGCAUGGAACACUUCCUGUGUGGUGGCAGCCUCAUCGACCCUUGCUGGGUGCUCACAGCAGCACACUGCUUCCACACUCCGUCAAGAAGACCAAUAAACAAAUCUGUCUACAAAGUCUUCCUUGGAAAGUCCAUACUGAAUGUUACUGAUGAUAAAGAACAAGUAUUCAUGGUUGAUGAGAUCAUCUCUCACCCUGACUUUACAGAUGACACAGGUGGCAAUGAGAAUGAUAUUGCUUUGAUAAGGAUAAGGACAACUUCUGGACAGUGUGCAGUAGAAUCCAAGUAUGUCAGAACAGUCUGCUUGCCAGAGAGGAACCUUUACUUAAAAGAGAACACACACUGUGAAAUAGCUGGCUAUGGAAAACAAGAUUUUUAUGACAUCUUCUAUGCUCAAAGACUGAUGUCAGCCACUGUGAACUUAAUAUCACAGAGAAAAUGCAAAUAUGAAUACUAUGACAAUAUUAGAGUUACUGACAACAUGGUCUGUGCUGGGGAUCCCACAUGGCAGAUUGAUGCCUGCAAGGGAGAUUCUGGUGGCCCCAUGGUCUGUGAGCACAAUGGCAGGAUGAUGGUUUAUGGCAUUGUCAGCUGGGGAGAUGGCUGUGCAAAGGAAAACAAGCCUGGUGUUUACACCAGAGUUACUCAAUACCUUAACUGGAUUGACUCCAGCAUGAAUGGGGUAGCUGCCAAGAGUCGUUUUCUUCCUGAACCGAAGUGACCUGUUUUUGACAGCUGGACUGAAAUGAACAAGAUUUUGCCUAUACUGACACCAGGACAGUGGAGACCUGAAUGUCAUAAGAGGCUUUCAUUUUGAAUGCUUGUGUGGUCAGUCACUCAGAUCAGUGUUCCUGAGGCACGAGGCAGAGAGAGGGUUGAUAUUUUAUCUUACUACUCUGAAUUACCUGGAAACCACUCAGUGGGAAGCUAAAAUAUUUAACAUUUAAAUGAGUAUUCCCAUGUAUGAUACUAUGCAUAGCAAGUUAGCUGUCUACUUCAUUUAUAAACCAGCAUUUGCUCUGGAAAUAUUGAUACAGUUUCAACUUACUUAACUCAAGUAUUCACUUUAUACAUGACCUGAGUCUAAAAUCUCCCCUCAUUGUACUGAAUAAUACUAAGUCUCAAGUCCCACAAACCCAGCCUGUUAAGACCAGUACUGAGAGAGUGAUCAGACUUGGCAUCAAAAAGUUGGUGGAAAAAAAAGUAGUUGAGUCAGCAUUACAAACUCUUAAUGUAUUUAACUUAAGAAUUGUGCUGCAAGAAGGCAAAUGGGAAACUUGCUGGACUUCUAGGUCACAUGUGAAGAUGUCUGUGUUCCCUGGAAAGUCUGAUUAUGCAACCUCUAAAUCUACCUAUACACCCUGGAGAAGAUUUAAGGACUUGGCAUUUGUCAAAUGCUGCCGGCAUCAAAAGUCAGAAAUUUAUUUCCAUUCAUUUAACUGAUAUUAUAUGGAAGUGAUUUUUUUUUUCCUCCAAGACUUAUUCUGGGUUUAUUUUUAAACUUGCCUUUGUUUUGUAGAUUUGGAUUAUUUGUAUGAGGGCUGGAACCUCAAGCUUUAUUUAAAUUAUUUUUACUGUGUUUAAUUUAUUGUUUGUAUU